UCCACCUGUCCGCCGCUAUGGCCGGUUCUGAGCAGGACGACGGCGUUGUCGGCGAGGGCCCGCUGCCCAUCGAGGACUCGGAGUUGGCGCUGGCCGGCAUCAACAUGCUGCUCAACAACGGCUUCCGGGAGUCCGACCAGCUCUUCAAGAAAUACAGAAACCAUAGUCCGUUAAUGAGUUUUGGAGCCAGCUUUGUCAGCUUUUUGAAUGCCAUGAUGACUUUUGAAGAAGAAAAAAUGCAGUUGGCUUGUGAUGACUUAAAGGCCACUGAGAAACUGUGCGAGAGUGAAGAAGCAGGAGUUAUAGAAACAAUCAAAAAUAAAAUUAAAAAGAAUGUUGAUGGCCGAAAGGAUGUCCCAUCCAUGAUUGAUCGGCUGCAGAGACAGAUAAUUGUAGCCGACUGUCAAGUUUAUCUUGCUGUACUUGCUUUUGUAAAACAAGAAUUAUCAGCUUAUAUAAAAGGUGGGUGGAUCCUUAGAAAAGCUUGGAAAAUCUACAAUAAGUGUUACACGGACAUUAAUACACUUCAGGAAUUGUAUCAGAAGAUAACUCAGGCAUCUCCGACUUCUGAUGCUGCAAAUGAUAAUCAUAUUGCCACAGAAGGUGUAACGGAGGAUUCGCUAAACAGACUGAAAGGUGCUGUGAGCUUUGGAUAUGGACUUUUUCAUCUUUGCAUAUCCAUGGUGCCCCCAAACCUGCUCAAAAUCAUCAACCUGCUGGGUUUUCCUGGAGACCGCCUGCAGGGGCUUUCUUCACUGAUGUAUGCAAGUGAAAGUAAGGACAUGAAGGCCCCUUUAGCUACAUUAGCCUUGCUGUGGUACCACACUGUGGUUCGUCCUUUUUUUGCUUUGGAUGGCAGUGAUACCAAAGCAGGACUGCAAGAAGCUAAAGAUAUUCUUCAGAAAAAAGAAGCCGCUUAUCCAAAUUCCUCUCUGUUCAUGUUCUUCAAGGGAAGGAUACAACGCUUAGAGUGUCAAAUCAACAGUGCCUUGACCUCCUUUCACACUGCUUUGGAGUUUGCAACUGAUCAGAGGGAGAUUCAACAUGUCUGCCUGUAUGAAAUUGGCUGGUGUAGUAUGAUAGAAAUGAAUUUCCAGGAUGCAUUUAAAUCCUUCGAACGACUUAAAAAUGAAUCAAGAUGGUCCCAGUGCUACUAUGCCUAUUUAACAGCAGGGAAGUAUCAUUUGUGUCAGGGAGCUACUGGUGAGGUGAAUGGUGCACAGAAUGUAUUCAAGGAAGUCCAGAAGCUUUUUAAAAGAAAAAACAAUCAAAUUGAGCAAUUUUCAGUCAAAAAGGCAGAUCGAUUUAGGAAGCAAAAACCAACCAAAGAGCUCUGUGUACUGGCAUCCAUUGAAGUGUUGUAUUUAUGGAAAGCGCUUCCAAAUUGUUCAUUCACCAACCUACAGCGCAUGAGUCAAGCUUGCCAAGAAGUUGAUGAUUCUGCUGUAGUCGGUUUGAAGAAUUUGCUACUUGGUGCCAUACACAAAUGUUUAGGAAAUUCGGAAGAUGCUGUGCAGUUCUUUCAACGAGCCCUUAAAGAUGAACUGUGCCGCCAGCAAAAUUUAUAUAUUCAGCCGUACGCUUGCUAUGAACUUGGCUGUCUUUUAUUAGAAAACCCACAGACUGUGCCAAGAGGCAAAUCCUUAUUGCUUCAGGCCAAGGAGGAAUUCACGGGGUAUGACUUUGAGAACAGACUGCAUGUUCGCAUACAUGCAGCGUUGGCCUCUCUGAGGGAAGUGGUCCCUCAGUGAUGGACAGAAAGCCUUCUACUCUCACAGUUUCUGCACUCUAAGACAACUCAGAGAACAAAGCUGUUGCGAAGACCAACUUCUCUUCUGGAAGACCACCUGUGCCGGAGACAUUUUCUACAACAUGUAGAGUUGGUGACAGA